ACAGCCAUCAUGAGGUCUCUGGUCUUGCUUUUGCUUGUGGGAGCUUGUUUUGCUCUGGAAGAUGACAAGAUUGUUGGAGGGUAUGAGUGCACACCCUACUCCCAGCCCUGGCAGGUGUCUCUGAAUGUAGGCUAUCACUUCUGUGGUGGUUCUCUGAUCAAUCAGAACUGGGUUGUGUCUGCUGCUCACUGCUACCAAUCCCGUCUGGAGGUUCGUUUGGGCGAGCACCACAUCCAGGUUACCGAGGGUAAGGAGCAGUUCAUCUCCUCUGCCAAAGUCAUCCGCCACCCCAACUACGACUCCUGGACUCUUGACAGUGACAUCAUGCUGAUCAAGCUGAAUCAAGCUGCCUCAAUUAACAGUUAUGUUCAGCCUGUGGCUUUGCCCAAGAGCUGCCCACCAGCUGGAACCAAGUGCCUCGUCUCUGGAUGGGGAAACACCAUGAGCUCCACUGCUGAUAGCAACAAGCUGCAGUGUCUGGAGAUCCCAGUUAUUUCUGACAGGGAUUGUAAUAACUCUUACCCUGGUAUGAUCACCAAUACCAUGUUCUGCGCUGGAUACCUGGAGGGAGGCAAGGACUCUUGCCAGGGUGACUCUGGUGGACCUGUGGUGUGCAAUGGUGAGCUGCAGGGUGUUGUCUCCUGGGGUUAUGGCUGUGCUGAGAAGAACCGUCCUGGUGUCUAUGCCAAGGUCUGCAUGUUCACAAGCUGGAUUUCCCAGACAAUGGCCAACAACUAAAUUUGCACAAUGCAACACUGUACUUUAAAUUUCAGUACAAAAUUAAAAGAAUUUAAAUGAAUGAAA